AGCUAGGUAUAUAUAAAAUAAAAUAUUCAAGACAUUACAUUGUAAAUCUUACUAGACAUUUUGUCCAGUUUGUUAGCUCAGUUGCUUGAAUCAGUUCAUCUUCUUUUUGACAACUAAUGUGGUAUCUUCAGUUGGAUGUGUGUUUAUGUCUAUACUGGAAAAUCCGCGUGACCCUCAAAGACCAGCAUCCAGUUAUUCCUCUUUUAACACUAACUCCCAACCAAAGACUGCACCAAAUAAAUUCUGGAGUGGAUCUCAGGAUUUUUGUUCUGUAGGUUGUUUUUUAUUGUCACCAUUUGUAUAUAGCUGUGUGAGCAAUGUCACUAUAGAUUGUCUCCUUGAUUAGUCAAGGGAGUUUUUCCUUUUUUUUUUUUUUUUUUACAUUUUAACCCUGAAUACGACUCAAUUUUGUUAAACACGAUUUUGGUGGUUUUGUCAGCUUUUAGCGAUUGUUUAAUUUUAAAUGUAUUUUAAUAUUUAUAUACAUGUCAAUAAAAAUGUAAGUCUUGUAUGUUAUAUGCAUCACAGGGAAGUUUUUUGCUUGGAUGUUUAUUUACAUGUUGGAGGAUAUUUUAGCACGCAGUGAUUGUCCAGCCAUGUGCAUUGUCCGUCCAGCCACUCUACCUGCUUUGUAGUGAGUUUUUUUUUUUUUUUUUUUAGAACACUGAAUAACACUGUUUGAAGCUGUGUUAUUUCCAUUUGAAACCAUUUCAAAAAUGCGACCAUGGAUUAAAAUAUUUAAUUUCUGUCUUAAUAAAAGAUUUGAACUGUUAAACUCUAUCCGGAACUAAAGCUUCAAUUAAUAGUGAUUCUGGGGGGAAGGUUUAUUCAGCCGGACGUGGUAUGGCAGCACAAUUAUGCAGAAAGUUGGUGCUAAUAUGGACAUUCAGAGCAGCGCCUGGUCAUGUUGGCUGUGGGCGCAGUCCAGUUUACCGUAUGCUACGUGACAAACAACCGAAAGUUUUCCUCUUUAGAAACCUCUGCUCGAUAAAUGACCACAACUCGGAACCCACAGCAGCACAACGGCGGACGGGUCGGGAGGAAAUGCUGAAUUCUCUGGUGGAUAUGGGCUUUACCGAAGCGGAGGUUGAAGAGUUAGCCAGAAGAACCUUAGGCAGUCGCCCAGACCACACAGUUACACAACAUCUCUCCGUCCUCACAGUGCUAGUGGCUCUGGGCUUUAACCCUUCUAGCGUCCUGAAGAUCUUGGGCAAGUGCCCGGAACUCUACCAGGUGAAAGGAGCCCUGCUGCAGCAACGAGUAGACAACCUGCGCAAACUGGGACUGGUGGAGGGCAGCCUGCAGCGGGUUGUGAGACACUACCCCCAGCUCCUCACUCUGCCUGUUAAGAGAGUCAAUGGAGUGUCCCGAUUUCUCCGGGAGAAGUGCCACCUCACAGCCCAGCAGGUCACAGAUGUCCUGCGAGACUCCGCUGCUGUAGUGCUGGAGGACAUGGACAAGCUGGAGUACAAGUUUCAGUACGCAUAUUUCCGUAUGGGCCUUGGUCAGGCAGAGAUGGUGAAGUCCGGCCUCUUCCGUGUCUCCCUCGAAGAAGUCCGAUGCCGACAUGGCUUCCUGGAGAGGCGGGGCCUGUACCAGACCCCGGACAAGAAGGGCCAGACGCGCAUCGUCAACCCCAAACUCAAGGACUUCCUCGCCGUUCCUGAGGACACCUUCCUCAGUAAAGUUGCCAUGGCAACAGGAGAGGAGUUUGAGGUGUUCCGGAAGCUGAUGGACAGAGAGAUUCAGGAGGAGGAAGAGCCAGAGUUCAGUGGCAGUGACAUAGACGAUGAGGAGGGCUAUGAGAGUGAGGACAAAGGGAGCGCAGGCUACAGGAAGAGGAGGAAGAAAUGAGAGAGAGAGCGAUGCAUGGUGAGAAUGUGGGAACAUUCAGCUGCAACACCAAACA